AUGUCACUCUCCUCCGUCCUCGAGAAACUCGCCACCUUUCGCAAUAGCAAUGCGCGCGAAUCGCAGGAAGUGUUCAAGAAUGCCGAACUCAUUUUGAACUCGGUCAAAUCAUUGGGGGAUGAUGGUUGGACGGUGCUCGAACAACUUUUCCUUGCGGCUAUGGAUAUGGGUCGCCUUGAAAUUGCGGAUAAAUGUCUGCAACAAUUGAGCGAUCAAUUCCGGGACUCUCCGCGCGUUGAGGUCCUUACUGGAAUACGAAUGGAGGCGUCAGAGCCUGCCGAGACGGUGCUUCAGUACUACACACAACUUUUGGACGCAGAUGAGGCCAACAUGGCCGCUUGGAAGCGCAAGAUCUCAGUUCUCAGAAGAUUAGGGAGGCUUGAACAAGCAGUGACAGACCUAUCGGAGUUACUCGAUAUAUUCUACAACGACGUAGACGGAUGGUUGGAGCUGACGGACAUCUACACUUCCUGCCAUCAAUACUCAAACUCUUUGCAAUCGCUAUCUCACGCCCUCCUUCUCGCUCCGCAGAACCCAUUCUAUGUCUUACAAUACGCCGAGACAGCAUACACCGCUGGUGACAUCCCCCUUGCGCUGAAAUACUUCCUCGUUGCUGUCGACAUGCUCGAACGGGAGCUAGACUCUCCAGAGGCGUUCCCUCCCAGUGGGAUCGCCGUCCGAGCUUGGCUUGGCGUCAAACUAUGCGCUCGGCAUUUGAUGGACAAUUCCAGUCCUUCUGCGUCCAGCACCGCCGUCCCCAACACCCUGAACCUUAUUGAAGAGUUGGCCACAGAGAGAGUCUUGGCCGCAUAUCCGAGUGAAAAGAGUGGGACGAGAAGCAUCAUGGUCAAUUGGGUGGCCGGUCAAUAGAGCAAUGUUUAUUUGGAUAUAUAUCGUGGAGAGUCAGAUAAGGCCAAUGGUUUCGUAUUACCACACUUGCUUACCUGUGCCGGGGAAAUGCGCCUUUGCACGCAAUUGUUAUGAUAUAUCGCGAA